UGUGCAAGAGAACUGGAAGUGUAUCGUCUCGGUUUUAAAAAGACACUCACUGCUCCCUGCCUUGGACUACAGACUGUGGACACUUGCUGGGAUUGUUAGUCACUUUCUCUAUCGGCAACAGCAGACUCUACCAAGGAGGGGAAUGGUAGACCGCAUGAUGGCAAUGAACCAUGGACGAUUCCCUGACACUGUCAAUGGUCUUCACCACCAUCACCCCGCGCGCAGAAUGGGGAUGGGACAAUUCUCCAGCCAGCUUCACCAUCAACAGCAACAACAGCAGCAGCACGGGUACAACACUUUAAUGGGAGAGCAUAUGCAUUUCGGAGGCGGGAAUGUAAAUGGUAACCAUGGAAUUCGGCAUUCGGUGGGCACAGGGAAUGUAAAUGGAGGACACUCGAAUGGUAACUUGGCUCCCCCGGCGCGCUACAACUCUCAAUUUGUCGGACCCACAGUGAGCAGCCAAGGGCAGCUCGCGGCAAGCAUGCAGCUGCAGAAACUUAACACGCAGUACUACAACCAUCACACGCAUUCGUCGCAUCACCAUUACAUGCACGAGCUGCAAAAUCCAAGCAGUCAUCAGUUAAACGGGACAGGACAGUCGUUUCGAGACGGUAACGCUAAACACAACACCUCCAGCAUGCCUCCGCCAGCGCAUCAUUUGCCUGCAGCAAUGCUGCCCCCCAACGUCAUUGACACGGAUUUUAUUGACGAGGAGGUCCUUAUGUCAUUGGUGAUUGAGAUGGGUUUGGACCGAAUUAAAGAACUGCCUGAGCUCUGGCUGGGACAGAAUGAAUUUGACUUCAUGACGGACCUUGUAUGUAAGCAGCAGCCAAGCCGAGUGAGCUGCUGAUCUCACCAAGUGGACUUAUCUUUUCUUCCUAGAAAAGUGACUGAAAAAAAUUCUCCUUUUCUUCCUAGAUCCAUGUGUCAAAAGGAUUGGUCUACACAGUACAUUAUGUCACACUGGGAGCCAUGUAACUUCGACGUUACACAUUCUUCCUCUGUUCAGGGGUAUUUUUCAAAUUUAGCGACACAGAAUUGUUUUUCACACGGUACGUCUCAGCAGUCUCAUGAUGAGUGAUAGUCUGGAAAAACCCUCAUUGUCAUGCUAUGCAUUACUCCAUAAGCAAAUGAUGGUAAAUGAGGAAAAUUAUCAAAGCUUAGAAUAUCAGAGAUCUGCCUGCUUGAGUUGUGCCUGUGAAAACAGAACAAAUCCCACUUUGCUUUUGUUCCAGUGUGUAUUUUUAUUUCCUCGGUCAUUCAGUCAGUUUGAAAGAAUGACCAUGAAUAAUUUAAGAGUUCAGUGGACACAUACUCUAAAUUCUGUGAGUGAUGUUGAAGUUUUCUUGUAGACAAGUACUGUGUAUUUCCAUACAAUAAUAUACUGUAUACUUUAAUGGCCACAUAGUUACCAGAUAUCUGUGCUUUUCAAUGAUUUAUCCAAUCAUGAAUGGAAAACUCGACUUAUUAUUUUAUUCUGUUCACCACAAAGCUGUUGAAAUAUUGAUUACAAUUUCACCAGAAUUCUUUCCCUCCAUAAUGCUGUAGCUUAGUGUAUGCUACAAAAAAAAUGUAAACAAUCUUAAACAACAGCAGGAGUGAUGUGUGUGCAGACGUUUGCUUUCUUCAUGCUCAGACGAGCUGUCAUGUUUGUGUUUAAAAAAAAAAGAAAAAAAGGGGAGGGCUCGAAAAGAGAGAUGAGAGGGGAAAUUAUCUUCAGUAGAAAGUGGAGAUAGAGUUCUCCUCUCUGGGAUAUCAAGCAGUCUGGACAGUGAGGUGCACUGUGAAGUGUGUGGAAUGUUGUGAAAGAACAGAGGAAGAAGGGAUGUCAUAGUGCAAUGUUGCUUAAGGAUGGAAAACAUAUGAAGGUCAAUAUGAGAUAUUGUGACAGGCUAGGGAAAGUAGGAAUAUCAUUUAACUGGAAUUCUCUGCAUUUCUCAGAAUAUUACCACCACUGUGCUUAAUUAGUAUGCGAUACAGGGCAAUACUACUGUGUUGAGGCUUUCUAGGAAAGUUUGACAGUAUUUUUGUACAUUUUUUAGACAAAUGUUAAUUUAUUAUAUUUUAAUUUGCAAACAUGAAUAAAGUGGCAGAGGUGCAUUAUGGAAAUGGCCGCGUUGUCCACAUUUGGGUGUCAACAUUUCUGAAGAAGGUCUGUAUUAGCAUCAAAUAUCAUGGCUGCAGCAUGUAAUGUUGGCAAGCGAGAGGAAAUCGUUUGCUGACCACAACUAAUUAGUUGUAACACCAUAAUAAUAUAAUCAGAUAUUGAUUUAUGGAAAGAAGGUUGUUUUGUCAAUAUUUUAGAUACUCCUGACUGUAAUAGUGUGA